GUGCGAUCCACCACCCACACCGCGGACUUGGGUUAGUAAUUUCUUUAUGUUAUGGGGCUUUUCCACAAAUCUAUUACAGCAUCGGAUCUACGAACGGGAAGACCUUAGUUCUCCGAAAAACAAUCCUCAAAUCUUUCUGAUAAAUUCUUAAACCUCCCCAGCAUGGAUCUCAAUCCGCCUGCUGGAGAAAAUUAUGCCAACCCGAAGACAUGUCUCUUUCAUGUUAUUUUCAAGGCUGCAGCAUUGGCAUUUUACAUCCUUUCUGCGCUUUUUGUUAAUAACUUUGUCAUCAUUUUUGUGGUGACCGUCCUUCUUGCUGCUCUUGAUUUUUGGGUAGUCAAGAAUGUGAGUGGGCGUAUUUUAGUUGGUUUACGGUGGUGGAAUGAGAUAAAUGAUCUUGGUGAGAGUAUAUGGAAAUUUGAAUCGCUUGACCAAGAGUCAUUGGCCCGCAUGAACAAGAAAGACUCAUGGCUGUUCUGGUGGACCCUAUACCUAACGGCAGCUGCGUGGAUCCUGCUUGCAAUAUUUUCUCUCAUAAGGCUUCAAGCUGAUUAUCUCCUCGUUGUAGGAGUUUGUUUAACCCUCGGUAUUGCAAAUAUUGUUGGCUUCACCAAAUGCCGCAAAGAUGCUAAGCAGAAGAUUCAACAAUUUGCUUCCCAGACCAUCGCAUCUCGGGUCACAUCCACCAUACAAUCUGCAUUCAGUGUUGUCUGAGUCACUCACUCAUUGGGGAAGAUGGAAAUAAGACGGAUAUGCAGCUGGGAAAAAAGAGUGAAAGACUUCGAGAAUUGGAAGAGGAAUGUACAUGCGCACUAUAUUGGCCAUUUUGGAAUAGCAGCUUAGAAAUUUUGUUUACUUGUAUUUUUUGCCCAAAAUUUCUAAUGGUUUGUACGAAGAACCUAUGAAAUGCAAUGGUAGAAAACUCAUACUAUUUUGCCUGUAAACCAUUCACUUAAUUUUAGUAAUAGCCAAUAGGCAACCUAAAUCAA